AUGAUUCUCUCACGGCGCGCGGUCCUCUUCCUCGGCUUCAGCUUCUCCUGCAUCCUCUUCUUCACAGCCCGCCAGCUAUCACGACCAUGGAGUAACUAUUCACAGGCCGUGGGCCUGGGGGAAUACUACGGCUCCGAUUCACCAGCGCACAACUGGACAGGCGCCUUCAACUUCACCAGCCAUGGCAGUAAAAACCUAUAUGCCCCUCAGCCGAACUUCGUCCCUGGCAUUCCCAAGCCUCCCGGCUCGACAUACACGAAGAUGUUGGUAGUGCCCCGGACCAAGAAAGAGGACACAAGCUGGAUCGAAAAGGAGUUGCCCGAUUGGGGCACUGCUAUUUAUGUUGCGGAUGACCCGAAAGCGCCCCUACACCCACCGAAGAACAAGGGGCAUGAGGUGAUGGUAUACUUGUCGUUCAUCAUCGACUUCUACGAGGAGCUACCCGACGUUGCGGUAUUCAUGCACUCGCAUCAGAAUGCCUGGCAUAACGAGGAGCUCUUUGGUGGCGACUCCGCAGAGAUUCUCCGGCGACUGAGCAUGGAGCGGGUCAUUCGAGAAGGGUACAUGAAUACGCGUUGCGCGUUCGGUCCUGGGUGUCCUGCGUGGAUGCACCCCGGCGCCGUGGAAGAAGACGAGACCAAGCAAGAGGAGGUCAUGCUCGCUCGGGCCUGGGGAGAACUCUUCCCAGACCAGCCCGUUCCAUCGGUUCUCUCACAACCAUGCUGCGCGCAAUUCGCCCUAUCUCGGGAACGCAUUCGUACGAUUCCCCGCGCACGGUUCAUUUUCUACCGUGACUGGCUGCUGCAGACGGAUCUGAGCGAUUAUAUCGCGGGUCGCAUUUGGGAAUACCUAUGGCAAUACGUCUUCACGGGCCAGCCCGUUGUCUGCGUGGAAGAGAGUGUCUGUCUCUGCGAUGGGUACGGGUUCUGCUUCGGUGGCCCAGAAGAAUACCAAAAAUGGCGCGACAUGGAUGCCGAACGAAAGGAUCUGCAGCAACGACUCGAUGAUUGGAUCUACUUGGCCGAAGACCUCAGGUUGGCACAGGCUGCGGGAGAAUUCGACGAAACCAUGGACCUAGAUCUUCCCGCUCUUGGCCAACAAUCCGAGAUUGAGAAGGAGGUCAUUGCAAAGGAUACGCAGGUCGCGGACACUCUUCAGGCUGCGAUUGAGCGUGGCAAGAACCCUAAAUACCGUGCUUUGGAGGCUGGUCGUCAUUGGAAGGAGGGUGAAGGCUUCUAG